AUGUUGGCCAAAUUAACAUCGCUCGGGCAUUUGUCGAUAAUGAAUAGCUGUGAUUCAAUGAGGUCCUUCCCGUUGGGCAUUUUUCCCAAAUUGAGGUCGCUUCACUUUUUAGAUUGUAAGAAUCUGGAAUCCCUUUCCUUGAUUGAAGAAGAAGGAGUUGAUGAGAAGCUCAAUUAUCUCUAUAUCGGACACUGUCCAAAUCUGGUGUGUUUUCCCCAGGGAGGAUUGCCCACUCCCAACCUGACUGAAUUGGAUGUUGAGGGAUGCGACAAGUUGAAGUCAUUACCUGAACGCAUUCACACCCUCACACGCCUUCGAUCUUUGAAAAUAAGGGAUCUUCCAAAUCUGGAGUCAAUUGCAGAAGAUGGGGGUUUGCCUCACAACCUCCGACAUUUUUGCAUUGAGAAUUGUGAGAGACUGAGGGCUUCAUCCGUGGCAGAGUACUGGGGUUUGCAAGGACUUGUCUCCCUUGAAAAAUUUGAAAUUCGUGGCAGGGGAAGUGACGAAAUCUUGGUGACGUUGCUCAAGCAACAGCUGCUCCCUACCACUCUUCAACGCCUCCAGAUCAGUCAACUUUCAAGUCUGAAAUCUUUGGACGCAAAGGGACUUAAACACCUCACUUCUCUUUCUUUUCUGAGCAUCUCUUAUUGUUCUGCCUUGGAAAAAAGGUAUAAGAAGAAGACAGGAAAAGCUUGGGCCAACAUAUCUCACAUUCCAUGCAUCAAGAUAGGCGAAGAAGUGAUCAUAUGA